AUGUCAACAAACAGCACAGGGGCUGGUCGCCGCUUCAAGGAGUGCACCGAAGUCUCGGACCUCUGUCCCGUUGACAUGACGGUUCUAUCCUACUAUCCCAAUCUCGGCGCCAACAUCUUUUUCGCGGUGGCCUUUGGCCUCAUUGUAUUGGCAUCGGCCUUCCUCGGCAUACGGAAGCGAACAUGGUCUUUCAUGGCCCUCGUCACGGGCGGUUGUGUGUUGGAAACAGUCGGCUACGUCGGUCGUGUGCUCCUCCACGAGAACCCCUGGAACAAGGACGCCUUCCAGAUGCAAAUCUGCACCAUCAUCCUCGGCCCGACCUUCAUUUGCGCAGGAAUCUACCUCAUCCUCAAGCACGUCUCCGCAAACCUCAACCCGGCCCUCUCACGAAUCCGGCCCCGCCUCUAUCCGCUCAUCUUCCUCCCUGCCGAUCUGACUUGCCUCGUGAUCCAGGCGAUUGGAGGAGGGCUGGCCGCCGCCGCAGGCCAGACGAACAAGUCUCUGCUUGACGGUGGCAACCGCGCCAUCAUCGCGGGUAUCGUCCUACAGGUUGUGGUGUUGAUGGCCUUUGGUGCUGCCGGUGCAGACUACUUCAUCCGCGUGAGGAGAUGGGCGCGGAGCCCUGACACGGAUCCCUCGGAGCUCACGCUCUGGAACCAGAAGAAGUUUAGGAUGUUCAUCUUCAGCAUCAUCGGAGCGUACGCCUGCGUCAUGAUUCGUUGCAUCUACCGUAUUGCUGAGAUGGCAGGCGGAUGGGGCAACCACAUCAUGCAAGACGAGAUCUCGUUCAUGAUUCUUGACGGCGGACUUGUCCUCAUUUGCGUGUCCCUGUUGACGAUUUUCCACCCUGGCGUCUUCUUCCCGGCGAUGGCCAACGCGCGCAAGGUUGAUCUGGGUCCAUAUGCUUCUUUUGAUGUCGUUUUAACCAUAGGUAUAUCCAACCCUCCGGUCCACGGACAACCACCCACCACAUCGCACAACACCAUGAUGUGCUACGCAAACGUAAUUCUCCAUAUUUGCAGCAUUUGCAACACUCGGGCCGCCAAGCCCUCUGGCAAACUUGAAAAAUGCCCCGCAGCACCGGCUUCCGGACCCCACUGCGGUGUCCUCCGUGACCCGACCCCUGAUCCGGACCCGGCCGACCCGGCGCUCAACCCCUCCGGUCUGGAAUUCGAAGCGCUGAAGGUCGCACCCGGGUACACUCUCAUUGAUGCAAGUCAUCGACGCCCCAAACCGAAGCUUUACACCUGCGAGCUGUGUCUCGAUCAUCUCGGCCCCGAGGAGGCGAAAGCGAGGGCGCAGUGGUGGCGCAAGGAGCAGAGAUCUGUUUUAAAGGGGGGGAAAAGAGUCACGCCUGGUCCCUCAACGGCUGGCUGGGCCGACGUUCUUCGCAAGUAA